CUCCUCUGAACUUCGUCGCGAACACUACAAUAAAAGUACCCUUUAAAAAAACCAAGACACCAUACACCAUUUACAUACGCGAAGACAAUGAAGCGUGUCCAUGUGGAUAACUACGCCCCAAAGUACUACAGCGGCAAAUGGUCAUGGGAUUCGGAGAAGGACUGCCUUCACUUUCAGGCGCACAACGAUUUGGAGAACGCCCGAGAGCGGUUCAUCAUGACCAAUGGCUACAGGUUCUUGCGUACCAUGGACCAGGAGGAAGAGCUCAUCUUCCGGCAGGAGUAUGUGCGUCCGAAAAGUAACAACAGUGACACUGUGGUAUUGCGAGACAUUAGAGACUUAGUGCUCUAUCUAAUGCCCCGAGAAUUUUUAAAGUACAAAUUUAUUGAGUUCAUGCAUCAGCCGGUAGUGCAUUCUGUUCUCCACGCCUUGGUGAUAUACUUUGAGUACUAUUUACGCAUGGUGGAGUUUGUGUUGAUUCGUCGAGAUGAACUUCACGGCCAGGUCCAGAGUGCGCAAACCAAUGACAUGAAGAGAACUUAUUCAGUUUACUUGAGCCAGUACCGCAUGUUGAUUGCCCGAAACUAUUGUGAGGUGAUUAAGGGCAAAGGAAGUAUGUCCAAGUACUAUCACAUGAAGGAGGUUUCCAAUAUUUCAGCCACUAUCCAUGACAAGUGCUUUCAUGAGCAGUUCUUGGCAGUGGCCAUCCAAAUAGUCUGGAUCUGCAUGCACCGCAGGGCGUACUACUUCAUUGAAAUGGAAAUGAACCGCCUUUUCCGCUCCGAGCACUUCGUUUCCGCCCAUCCUGAGUAUCUCAGUUUCACCGAAGCAGAACGCAGUCUUCUCUACGGAAGGAAUAGCAAGAACCUGAACUAUCGUGUUCAGAUCUCUCCGUUAGUCCAGGAGUUGGAGAACGUAACUCCAGAGGAUUUACCUAUACUAUGGAUUGGAAGGCGCAAGUAUAGGGGCAAUGAUAUUCGUAUUGCUCAGAUUGAAAUGGAAUACGUUGUGCCUGGAUCACAGCUCACCUUGAUUGACGUCUGCCAUGGCAUCUUGGGUCAUCCGAAAAAGCUCUACAACACACUUCUAAGUAUUGACUGGACUGCUGUUCGUUUCUCGAACUUUACGGAGCAAUACGAUCCUUACCAUAUUAUCCGGCAUGCUAACUUGGAAAUUCCCAAGAUAGGGGUACUUGAGAUGCGGAAGAUGUGCGAAACCUAUGGUCACUUCUACCAGGUGAACCACAUUUACGAGCUAUUCACCCAUCAGCAAAUUUGCAAGUGGGUCAAACGGGAUAUCAACAUACAGUUCUUUAGAUCGGGAGGUUUGCUCACGAAUGUUGUAUCGCGAUGUGAAAAUGAGUUGAGCAGCACAUCCUGUGAGCAAGAAAUCGACCAGAUUAUUUCCCAUUACUUUGCCAUAAUGUCCAAGAUACGAAAGGGAGAUUCUGAAGAAAAACAACGAUACAGUGCCGUAAGCAUUUUUAAAGCGUCGCGAAGAAGGGAAGCCAGCUUAUAAGCCGGCUAAAUUGGAUUAAUCCAAGGAUAUGUCUUGUGGUGAAAUCUCUUGAAAACUAGGGUAGGGCCUUGACUUCUUGAAAGGAUGUUCGUGCAAUUGUACAUUUUCAAGCUGUCUACAUAAAAACAUUUACAUUUACAAUCAAAGCAAUUAAUAAAUCUGAAUAUAUUAAUAUUAA